AUGCGUCCGUCAAUGCGGCUGUUGAACCUGGAGGUUCCCUCCCUCCAGGGUUCUCGAACCCUGUACGUCUGCUCGAUCUGCCGACAAGAAACCCGCCCGCGGCCGCUCCUCGCCCGGCAAUUCCUGCGCAACGCCUCCUCCAACACAACCCCGAUCACCGAACGAGUGCGCCGCAAGAUCUGGGGCACGGACAACCCGCCGGGCCUGAAGGAUCCGUACGGGGAGAGUCUCCUCGAGAAGCGGUUCCGCAAGGACCAGCCGGCGACGGAGCCGGUGGAGGAGACCGCUGAGCCCGUCGCGGUGGAGAGCGUUGCCGCUGAGGAGGCCGAGGCCGCGGCCGCAGAGGCGUACGAGCCCGCCUCGACGUGGGAGGGAUUGCCCCGUGUGGGACAUUUGGGCGAAUGGUCGAAACUUCCUCGCUCGGAGGCGGAUGUGUACGACUCCUUCAUGCUCAAGAAGAAACUUACGAAGAAGGGACACCUGGCUCUCGCCGCGCACCAGGCCGCCGUCGAACUGUGUCUGAUGCAUUCGCUGAACAAACCCCUGACGAGCGUCUGCGACGUCAAGGAACACGACAAGGCCGUCUUCAAGUUGCUGUGGAAGUGCAAGAUCCAGCCCACCGGCCAAUGGGGCGCGGAGGCUCUGACCUACCCCGACCAGGAGACCAAGGACGCGCUCAUCUACAUCUUCGAGCAGAUCGGCGCGCAGCAGGAGCCUGCGGCGGCCGUUGCGGAGGACCAGGUGGAAGCUGAGGAGAGCGUCGAGGCGUCCGAGUAUGAGGACGUGGUCGAGGAGCAGCAGUGGGAAACCUCUGCUCCCCCGUUCUUUGGCUACGCCGACGUCCGUGACAAGGGAUAUCUAUCCUUGCCGUUAGACGAUCUGACCACCAAGUUUGCCUUCCUGAAGAGAUUCUCCCAGCUGAGCGGCCACUACUUCCCGGACCCUGCCAUCCACUCCAUCUCCACCGUUGCCGAGGCCGUGGAGUACAUUCAGACCGUGCUGAGCCCCAAGCCCAAGAAGCUGGCCGAGUACCUGGCUGGCAACCAGCGCAUUCAAAACAUGCCCAAUGUCAAGGUGUUCCCGAAAAAGCAGAAGCGGAUGGAUCAGGAUGAGGAAUUGGGCCGCAAGAAGGUCAUCGAGGCUGAGCUUCGUGCCAGGGGCCUCAUCGAAUAG